GGGAGAGGAGAGAGCAGCCAGGAUUCUUCUCGCUGAAACAAGUCAGCUAGCCCACAGCGGGAUAAACAGCCAAGCCCAGUUGGAGUCCGGAGUCCCAAAGACAUGGGCUUGUUAGAGUGCUGUGCAAGAUGUAUGGUCGGGGCACCCUUUGCUUCCCUCGUGGCCACUGGGCUGUGUUUCUUUGGGGUAGCACUGUUCUGUGGCUGUGGACAUGAGGCACUCACUGGCACAGAGAAGUUGAUUGAGACCUACUUUUCCAAAAACUACCAAGACUAUGAAUAUCUCAUUAAUGUGAUCCAUGCCUUCCAGUAUGUUAUUUAUGGCACCGCUUCUUUCUUCUUCCUUUAUGGGGCCCUCCUUUUGGCUGAGGGCUUUUACACCACUGGUGCUGUCCGACAGAUUUUUGGCGACUACAAGACCACCAUCUGCGGCAAGGGCCUGAGCGCUACGGUAACAGGGGGCCCGAAGGGGAGGGGUUCCAGAGGCCAACAUCAAGCUCACUCUUUGGAGAGGGUGUGUCAUUGUUUGGGAAAAUGGCUAGGACAUCCCGACAAGUUUGUGGGCAUCACCUAUGCCCUGACAGUUGUCUGGCUGCUGGUGUUUGCUUGCUCUGCUGUGCCUGUCUACAUAUACUUCAACACCUGGACAACCUGCCAAUCCAUUGCCUUCCCCAGCAAGACCUCAGCUAGCAUAGGCAGUCUCUGUGCUGAUGCCAGGAUGUAUGGUGUCCUCCCCUGGAAUGCUUUCCCUGGAAAGGUGUGCGGCUCCAACCUUCUGUCCAUCUGUAAAACAGCCGAGUUCCAAAUGACCUUCCACCUGUUUAUUGCGGCCUUCAUCGGGGCUGCAGCCACCCUGGUUUCCCUGCUCACUUUCAUGAUCGCGGCCACAUACAACUUUGCUGUCCUGAAACUCAUGGGCCGAGGCACCAAGUUCUAAUCUCCAGGGCAGCACUUCCCCAGAAUUCCCUUUCUUUCUCUAACAGCCAGGCUCUAACCAGACAGCCAGGCAUUGCUGCAUCUCCCAUCUUAACUCUCUGCCUUCAGUGCUGACUGGCCCUCCUCGUGUAAUCAUAAUCGACAAGUAUAACAAGAAAGGAGAGACUCAAUGCUGGAGGCCGUUCUCUAUCAUCUCCCUUCUGUACCUCUUUAUAGCAUUGGGCUUUUCAACUCUUCCUGCUAGAAAUGGGAAAUGGCAAAGAAGGGGACUUCCUUUCAUAAAGAAGUGUGCACUUUUUAAGCAUCUCCCAAGGACCAGGUGGUACCUUCUUCACCAAGGUCCUUCC